AUGGUUUUCAGAGGUCUCUGCGUCGGUCUCGGCGAAUUCCUCACUUUCGUGGCCGUCGUUCUUGCCGUAUUCGCCAACAUUGGUCAACUCACCAACAACAUUGUAACCCGCAACAUACGUUACGUUACCGUUGACACCACUGGUCUCGGUAACGCUCUUUCCACCGCUGGAUCCAACGUCGCAAAUCUCUACACUAACGACCCCAACUCUCCCGUCGGCCAAGGCAACGGUGUUCGUCAAUCCUACCAAUGGGGUCUUUACAACUACUGUGCUGGUCAGCCUUCGGGUGAUGACCGUUCUUGCUCUCAGCGCAACUUCGGUUUCGAAUGGCUUCCCGUUGAUGCGAUUCUCCGCGACGCUCCUCAGGAUUCUAGACAGCAGAUUCAGAACUUCUUGCCCGAAAGCACUUUCCGUGACAGCAAGUACUUGGGUGACUACUCCAAGCCAGCAAUGUACUUGAUCUUCAUUGGUUCUUGUUUGGCAUUCCUGGCUUGGGUUGCAGGUCUUCUUUCCCACAGAUUUGCAUUCCUCGGUGCGGCAUUCAUCGCUUUGCUCGGUGCAUUGGCAUUGGGUGUCGGUGCAGCAUUGUUGACUGCAAUCUACACUAAGGCUAAGGACUCAGUUGGUGGUCAGUACGGUGUCCAAGUUAGGUACGGUAAUGCUCUCUGGAUCACUUGGGCUGCUUUCGUAGCUUGUGUGUUGGCAAUCGUGCCUUACAUUCUUAGCUGCUGCACUGGUCGAUCUGACGACUACUAA